CCAGUGAUUUAGUACGGCUGGAAUGAGCAGCAGAGCCAAACGGAGCGGGACCCGCCGGUGACAGAUAGGCGAAAACGUCUCGGAUAAUGGACGAUUUGCGCAUUUUCGAUUCCGGGUUGAAUGAGGACGACAGUAAAAUGGAGGGUAAAUUAAUAAGCAAUAUCGAAAUGAACGGGAACGAGUACAUGAAGGCGAACGGUAAGGACGACAGCGUCCGAAGCCUGGAGAGGAGGCUGAGCAAGCUCUGCUCCAGAGAGAAAAGGGUCAGCUUCAAGACUGACCAGGGCGAGGACACGCAGAAGCUGUUGGACAAGGGACGCUACGAGCAGGAGCUGCAGAAGCUCUACGGGGAGUUCGUUGAGAAGAGGGCGAAACGGGAAGUGGCAGGGACACCGGAGGAGGGGCCGAAGCGGGCCCACGUUUGUAACAGUUUGUUCGGCACCUGCGGCGCUGCGCCCGUCUCACUCAGCGACAUCCUCGCUGACGACAUGGGAAACGGCGCCCCUUCGAAACAUUCCGAGAUCCUCGCCCUCAAAAAGGAGCUGAGGAAGAAGGAUCAGAUGCUACUCUCACUCCAGAGGGAAAUUCAUAAACUCAGGAGUGUUUUACAUCAGUCGGUCAAUUGCAAUAAGGAUGAAUUUCUCAGGACGCUGCAUCAAGUGCAAGGGAUGGCCGGACAAACACAGACCAACAAGAAACAGGGUGUGUCUGCUGAGAGUUCAGGAACUGACCAGACCUCCGGAAAUAUCCAGUUGAUUCAGCACGACAAGGAUUUUAAGUCUAAACAACUGAUCAAAAGUGCCUUACUUGAGAAUGAUUUUCUCAAAAAUCUCGAACCUGGACAGAUGAGGGAUAUCGUUGACUGUAUGUACUCGAGGGUGUGUAUAAAAGGGAGUUUUUUGAUCAAAGAAGGGGAAGCUGGAAGUCAUUUGUACGUAUCUGCCUCUGGACAGUUUGAAGUGAUAAAAGAAGGUGCUGUGCUAGGAACAUUAGGACCAGGAAAAGCUUUUGGCGAAUUAGCUAUUUUAUACAAUUGCACUAGGACUGCUUCGAUAAGAGUGGUCGAAAAUGCGGAAGUUUGGGUUUUGGACAGAAGAGUGUUCAAAAAUAUUAUGCUCAGAUCUGGUCUUCAGAGAUUGGAAGACAGUAUUUCUUUUCUUCAAAGUGUGCCUUUAUUACACAACCUUAGUCAAACGCUUCUGUGCAAAAUUGCUGAUUCUAUGCAACUGGAAUUUUACCCAGGAGGACAGUAUAUUGUAAGGCAAGGAGCUACAGGUGAUACAUUUUAUAUUCUUAGCUGUGGAAAUGUCAAAGUUACCCAAAAGUUACCAGGAGAAAUACAAGAAGAAGAAGUCAGAACAUUAAGCAGAGGGGAUUAUUUCGGAGAACAGGCUUUGCUUAAAGAAGAUUCUCGAACAGCUAACGUCAUCGCUUUACCUCCAGGAGUAGAAUGCCUCACGCUCGAUCGAGAAUCUUUCAUGUUGCUGAUUGGUGAUUUGAGUGAGCUGCAAGAAAAAGAUUACGGCGACAAAGCAAGAUUGUCCAGGCCACCAAGUGCCAACAGCUUUAACGAUAUUGAUAAUGUUUCAGAAAUCGAACAUGUCGAGUUUAAAGAUUUACAAAUAGUCGCAACCCUUGGUGUCGGCGGUUUUGGAAGGGUCGAACUGGUGACAACUGCGUCAAAUGUAUUUGCUCUAAAGUGCCUUAAAAAAUGCCAUAUUGUUGAAACACAACAGCAGACUCAUGUUUAUAGCGAAAGGGACAUUAUGUUUUCAGUCCGAAGUCCUUUUGUAUGCAGGUUAUACCAGACGUUCAGAGAUGACAAAUACGUCUAUUUAUUAAUGGAAGCAUGCUUGGGCGGCGAAGUCUGGAGCCUGCUUAGGGACAGGACUUGCUUCGAUGAUACAACAGCAUGCUUCAUAACCGCCUGCGUCAUUCUAGCCUUAGAAUAUCUUCAUACAAGAAACAUUGUUUAUAGAGAUCUCAAACCUGAAAAUUUACUGUUUGACGCUAUGGGCUACGUCAAACUUGUGGAUUUUGGAUUUGCGAAAAAAUUGGGCACGAAUAAUGGUAAAACUUGGACUUUCUGUGGCACUCCUGAGUACGUGGCACCGGAGGUGAUUUUAAACAAGGGUCACGACAGAUCUGUAGAUUAUUGGGCUCUCGGAAUCCUCAUGCAUGAGCUUCUCACUGGAAUUCCUCCAUUUUCCUCUACUGACCCGAUGAAAACUUACACGCUCAUUCUAAAAGGAAUAGAAAGUGUUGCCUUUCCGAGGCAUGUGAGUAAAACGGCACAAAACCUGAUAAAGAGGCUCUGCAGGGAAGUGCCUGGAGAAAGGCUAGGCUCAUAUCACGGUGGAAUAUCCGACAUAAAAAAGCAUAAGUGGUUCCAAGGAUUCGACUGGCAAGGUCUUGAAAGCAGAACACUAACCCCUCCAGUCACACCAGUAGUCAAUGGUCCUACUGAUGUUUCUAACUUUGAUCAUUUCACCAAAGAUGACGCUAUACCGCCUGAUGAACUCUCUGGUUGGGACAACGAUUUUUAAAAAUGUUACCGUUUAAUACGUAUUUUUUUAAAUAUUGCCAAUUAUGUAUUGUAAAUAAU